CAGAUCUUGCCAACCAACACACAAACACAGUGUGCCUGUAUAUAAACACAGUCAGGCUGUAGACUUUCCAUAACAGCAGAGCAGCACUUCAGAGUCUGAGGGUGAGACGAAACAAUCAUGCAGCUGGUGUUGGGAGUUCUGCUGGUGCUGGGCCUGGCCACGCUGUUGCACGGCGCCAGGAAAAGCCCGGAUGUCUCUGUGAUGUCGAAAAAGGGAAGAGAAAUGAAAGGCAGGACGGUGAGACUGAUUCUGAAUCCCUUGUUGCAACCUCAGAUCACCGGCAGAUCUGUCUCAGCCAUCGCCAACAUGUCUCUGUCACCUUGGAUGUACAGAGAAUCCUAUGAGGCAUCUAGGUUGCCUGCACGGAUUUCUAAUGCUCAGUGCCUGACCUCCGGCUGUCUGAGCCUGCAGGGGGGAGGAGAGGAUGCAGCCCUUGUGGCUGAACCUAUCAAAUACCAGAUCCUGGUCCUGCACAGAGUCCAAAGGCAAAGGCGCAAUAACAAAAAAGGGAGGAAGGCAAGGAAAAAGUAUGACUUCCGACUGGGGACGGAGGUGAUCACAGUGGGCUGCACCUGUGUGAGACCCAGUGUCAUACCACAGCUGUAACACACAGGGGAAUUCUGAUGUUAGCAUCUUUUUCAGCGUACUGUUUGUUUUUACCGCUUCUUAAAUUAAACUUGUAUUAAGCAAUGCUUUUUCGUCAUCACUGGAUCAAACAACUCUGUGUAAUGCGAAUAUUAGUUAAUGUUAGCGUGUUCCUGGAAUGCUAACAUGUUAGCCAUUAGCUCACCAGCUUAAGCUGUUAGCAUGCAGAUAGUCCCAAUGUCACAAAGUAAAUAAAAUAAUAUCUUGAUCCACUCAUAGGAUCAAAGAGCUAUUGUGGUUUUUUCUGCCCCCUAGUGGUGAAAAAUUGCUUAAUUCAGCUUCAACCCAGGAAAAUGUAUAGUAAAUGCGUGUAUAGUACAUUAUUAUUAUUAUUAUAAUAGUUAUUAUUAUCAUGUUAAUGUAUGUAUUUUCUCAGGACAACUGAGUGAUGAAAGAGAUUUUAUUAUAAAUAUACAGUAUAUUCUUAUAUACCAUCCAUCCAUCCAUCUUCUUCCGCUUCUUAUAUACUAUGGUGAUAUUAUUUUAUAGGGGUGUGUAUGUUUUUAUGUUUCUAUGUUUGAUGGUUAUUUUUUUAUGUCUUAUAAUGGUCCUGUUCUUAUGUUACUAUAAACUUUGAUUUGUAAUUGUACUGUGAAAAACUUUAUGAAUUUAAUUAAAUUACCAGCAAAUAAGACUGAAAAAAAAUCACCGUAUAAGAGUGAAUUUGAAUAUUUCUUUAGCGUUCAGUACUGCACUUAGUAGAGUGCCCCUAUGCAUUACACACACAGACUGCUGUUAUUUGUCCAGCCUGGAGGGCAGCUUGUUUCCAUGAAAAUAAGGUUAUAGCUUGUUUUCUAUUACUACUGCUGAAGAGAGGCAUCA